GCGACAAAAGCAAGAGAAAGCUAAACUGGAUGCCAAAGUUAAAGAAGUACAGAAGCGCAUUAAUGACAAUGCCCGUAAACGUACUGACGUUAUGGAGAAGGCAGAACAUUUGGGGGUGUUAGUUCAAGGAAAAUACAAAGAAAUGGAAGACUUGAACAGACAAGAAGAAUCUCGGAAAAUAAGAAUCUCAAAAGCCAAAGAAGAUCUUGCUGCUGCUGUUCUAGAUCUUGAAAAUCUGCCUCCCUAUGAACCUCCUAGGAGUGAAAUGGAAAGAUUACGUAAUGAAAUUCUGGAGCAAGAAGUUUCUGUCCGUCGAAAUAGGGAUCUAAAAUCAGAGAAGGAAAAUGACUUAGUGCAGAAAAAGGUGGCACUAAGACAGUGCACGGACAGGUUGAGGGACAUGGAGAGUAGAAAUACUAAACUUUUGCAAGCACUUAAAAGUUCUGGAGCUACGAGAAUAUUUGAAGCUUAUAACUGGGUGCAAGCACAUC